GCUCAGGGAGCACGCCGCGGCGAUCGGCGGUGCGCUGUGUCCCUCAGACACAGCGGAUUACCGGUCACAAAAAGAGCUGAAGAUGUCGGCUCGGUCAUGUGAUCAGCUGUGUCCAAUCACAGCUGAUCACAUGGGACAUGUAAACUGAUCAUCAGGGCACUGAUGAUCAGUGUGCCCUGAUGAUCAGUGUAGCCCCAGCAGUGCCACCUGUCAGUGUCCAUCAGUGCCUUGUGUCAGUGCUCAUCAGUGCCUCGUGCCAGUGCCCAUCAGUGCCACAUAUCAGUGCCCAUCUGAGCUGCCUUUCAGUGUCACCCGUCAGUGCCACCUAUCAAUGCCAAUCAGUGCCACCUAUCAGUGCAAGUCAGUGCUGCCUAUCAGUGCCAAUCAGUGCCACCUAUCAGUGUGCAUCAGUG